UACCGUCAGUACACCCGCAAGAGUGACAGUGAGAUUUUCAGUGGGUGUGUGUCAGUGUGUGUGUGUGAAAAUUUAAAGAAAAAAUAGGUGCCGGACAGAGCAAUCAUUAUGCUAAUACGGAGUUCCUGCGGGAGGCACAGGAGGCGCUCUGGAUGGGCGAGGACGCGCCGAACAAGAGCCAGAAUCAAAGAAAAAGGAGAGAGUCGUGCAUAAACAACGUAAAACUCACCUCUCGACGUCACAACCGACCCUCGAUCGACAACGGCACGUACACGAAACGCCCCCGCAAUAAGUUCCAGAGGGGUAGUCUCGAAAACGUAUCCAGCGACCCGUGGGGCGACUCGCAACAAUCCUCCUUGAGGAGGUGUCGAAGUCUUAUCACACGGGACGAUAUUUGGACCAAUUUGGACAUUCAGUGUGAGAAACCGAGACGAUCCCAGUUGAUUCCUCGAGCGAAAUUGAUUGAACGAUCGAAGGAGCCUAGGUACGCUGUUAUUCGGGGCCAAAGUAUUGAUAAUCUGAGCAUAAGUCCUCCGGAUUAUUCCCCGGAAAGGUCAAACGUCCCGGAAGCCGUCUAUACGUCAAUAAGUAACUUGGCAAGUCCCAAAUUCCUUAUUGGCAAAGAGCAAGACAAGAGAGUGUCCUGUGAGGAUAUUCAAGGAUUAAGUCUUCCAAACUAUUAUCCCGAUUCGCGAUACGACACUGAUAACACCGAUGCGAUCUCUUUAGCUGAUGAUUUAUCAUCGUAUGGUGAUUUCAGUAAAAAGUACUCCUCGUGUGAUAAUAUUUCAGCGGGAAAGUGGACGAUAAAUGAACCUGAGAGUAUCCCUUACGACGAUAAUAUAGUACUAAGUGCAAACAGACCUUUAUAUGAUUCCAUCCGAGAGAAUCAUUACGCUAAACCAAAGACUAUAAGAGGCCCAACUACUUACAAUAGUGACCAACAGAAUUACUAUCGAAGAAGCUACUCUUCUGACUCUUCAGAAGAUAAACACAAAGAAACAGAAGAUAACGACCAAAUCAGUUUGGAGUACUUCGAAACGGACAAAAACCUCGACGAAAUCAAUGAAAACAUCACAAAAAUUUUAGAAGUUGACGAACCCAACUACAGCGAAGUGCUCGAACCAGAACCCAUCAAAACUAACAUCGAAGUUGAAGCACCAGAAAACGAAGAAUACAAGACUAUAAUAACCGUCAAUCCGGACGAAACUGAAGAAGAGAAGAACAAACACAGUCACAAUUACUUGCGCGAGUUUCUCGAAACACAAAAAGGCUCGAAAAAACCGUUACAGAAUUUUUUAAGCAAGAAAUUAUCAAACUUAUCCCGGAAAAGCACAAACCUGAUCGAUAAUCGUUUCUACUCACUUCCGGAUCUCGCCGUUACGAAAAGUUUACGAAAAUGCGAGAAAAUUGAUCGUAAAUUACGCAAAUUGGAGAAAACUAAUAAAAGCGAAAAUCGGUUUAUUGUCAAUAUUGGGAAACAUUUCGAUAUUACGGCUAAUACCAGUGUUCCCGUUGAUUUCGAACUAAAGAUUGCAAAAGUCCCGAGGAAGAGCAAGAACAAGAAAGGGAAGAAUCGAUCCGAGGAACAAUUUCUCGAAGCUGUGAAAAGUCUGAAAGACACUCUGAGUGUCAAACUCGACGAGAAUCAUAAUUUUAAGCCUGAAAUUGUGGCGUUUCAGACCAAAAUGGAUGAAUGUACAAAAGAGUACCAGGAAAAGUUGGGCACUAUGCGAACAUACUGGGACAAAAUGGUCAAUGGUGAAAAAAAUGAAGAAAAAUGCAAGAUUGUAGACGUGCAGACGAAGAUUGAAGACAUGAAGAAGAAAUUUGAACCGGACGAAAAAGAGCCGGAAAAGCCCGGAAUCGUUCAAAUCACCAAGCAACUCUUUGAGAAGAAAUCAGUCGACAAGGCUGAAAAAAUCUCACCCUUCAUCAAAGAGUCAUGCAAUUAUUUCGAAAACUCCAAUCAAUUCGAGAGUCUCAACCCCAACAUCGUUGAAAUUAUUUCCAAAGAGGAGAAGAGACACAAACCCGUGACCAAAUCCAUGAGCAUCACGUACCCGGAAUUCGACCAUGUGAGGUACAGAGUGGUCAAAUCCGACCUCUUCCAGAAGAAAAUCUUCGCAAAUUGCGAAAAGGAAAGUCAGUUUGAUGGCCUCAUGCAGUAUUUGCAAGACUACAGUUUUCAGGAGUUGCUUCGCGACAACAACAUCGUGAUAAUUGAGCCAAUUAGAACGAAAAUCCAGCACGAAUCGACCAAUAAGAGUCCAAAAACCGCAAAAAACGUCACACCCUUGUUGCACAAGCACAAAAAUGAAGAAAAUGCAACUUUGAAACGCCAUUUCUUCUACCACCCAAUCCGUGUGAACAAAGAAGUGAACGAUGAUGAAUUACCGAAUCCUGAUACCGUUAAACAAGUCCGGCUGUUUUUCGAAGGGGGGUUAAAACGGUCACAGAGUUCGGAUUUUGAGGGCGAAAAGUGUGAGAAAACUGUUGAUCCUGACAAAGAUCGGUGUUCGGCUACCGAUUCCAACACUUCUAAUUUGUCCGAUUUUGGGAGUCAGGAAAAUCUUUACGAUUCUUUGACUGAACAUUGUUGCGAACGUCAGUAUGUCAGUGAGGACAUCCUGGAGAAAAUCCGGGAAUGUGGAACCACAGUGACGUACUACGGAGGCCGCGUGGUGAAGAAACAGUGUGGUCAACCCGUGCUAACUAAAGCAAUAAUGGAAGAAAUUCGCAGUAACGAAAUGAAGAACAUUGAGUGUGGCUGCAGGAAAGACAGUUAUCAAGGGGUUAAAUUCAAGUUGCUCAAGUCGAAUAGUUGCAAUAGUCGCUUGGAAUUGGUCGGAACCAAUGAUUUGAAAGAGUCGAAAGAGAAAUAUUUGAAAAACUGCCAGGUUAAUCUUGAUAAAAACACAAUCAAUGAAACGAUCAAGAAAAAUAUGGAGGAUACCCAACCUAGAAUAAUCGGAGAAGAACGAAAAAUGACACAAUGGGGAGACCUCAAAGAAAAAACCUACAACGGCAUUAAUUUCAACAACAAAACCAAAAAUGUGACGUACGAUUACCACAAUUACGACUCGAUUAAACAAAAAACGAAAAAAAUCGACGAUAUGGAAUUCGAGCCGUAUGAAGUGGCUUGAAAAUGCAACGAAUUUCGACGAAACGUUGUAGUGAUUGUAGGUGUUAUCAGGUUUAGGGUGUAUGAUUUGUACAUGAAGUAAAUAAAUAUUUGUGGCUA